AUGAAGCUUUUAUUUCCCGGCCUGUCCCAGGCCGCCAGCAUCUCCGCGCGAUCAGCUCUGCGAAAACAACCACAGUCCUCCUCAGCGGCGUUCGACUCGAUAUGCCUACGAUGCCGGCGCCAACAGCUUCGAUACAACUCUGGGAAUAGCAAGCAGCUCGCCGAUGAUCCGCAGUGGAUAUCGCCCAUUGACCAGCCAUCCAAGAUUGUGCGUGUUGGGCGUCGACAUGGUGGUCCUGGACUGGUCCUGCUAGCUUUAAUACCCAUCACAGCCUUCGCCCUCGGAACAUGGCAAGUCCAGCGCCUCGACUGGAAAACCAAACUCAUCGCCAAAUUCGAAGACCGCCUGGUCAAACCACCACUACCGCUGCCACCACGCCUCGACCCGAACGCAAUCCCAGAAUUCGACUAUCGCCGCAUCGUCGCGCGCGGAAAAUUCCGUCACGAUCAAGAAAUGCUCGUGGGUCCACGUAUGCACGAAGGUGAAGAUGGGUUUUUUGUGAUUACACCGCUGGAGCGCGGAGAUGGUAUGAGUACUGUGCUAGUCAACCGUGGCUGGGUUUCGAGAAAGCUCAAGGAUCAGAAAGACAGGCCACUGGGUGUUCCCCAGGGCGAGGUUGUGGUCGAGGGUUUGUUGAGGGAGCCAAUACAGAAAAAUUAUUUUACGCCGGAUAAUAGACCGGACAAGGGGCAGUUUUUUUUCCCGGAUAUUGAGGAGAUGGCGGAGUUGACGAAGAGUCAGCCGAUUCUUAUUGAGCAGACUAUGGCUCCCGAUCUAAUCGAGUCUCUGGACCGAGAAGCCAAAGGUAUCCCCAUCGGACGAGCCGCCCAGGUGAAUUUGAGGAAUAAUCACGCCCAGUAUAUCUUCACUUGGUAUGGCCUCUCUGUGUCCACCGCUAUCAUGCUGUGGAUGUUGCUUCGGAAGCGUCCGAAUGAGGCAGUCCGCAGGAUGCGUCAGAGCAAAAACACGUAA